AUGAAGUCUCUCCUGUACCUCUUGGUUCUGGUAUAUGCUGUUACAGCAUUACCCUUAGAUGAAUCAGAACAGAAAUACUCUCAAUUUGAUGAAAAUGCUUUUAUGUACCAAACUGAUUUGCAAGAGGAGGGAGAAAGUAACAUAUUGGAUGAAGUAGCCAGAAACCCUGAAAAUAAUCGAUAUUUUCUCUUCACGAGGCAAAAUCCCACUUCAUCUCAGACUCUCGUAAUAAACAAUGCAAACAGCAUUACCUCAUCCAACUUCAAUGCGAGAGUACCAACUGUUGUCCUAGUCCACGGGUGGCUCGGCAAAGAGAACACCGAUUCCAAUUCUUUAAUUAGGGAUAGCUACCUUCGGAAAAGCGACGUAAAUGUUAUUGUUAUGGACUGGAUAAGAUUGGCAAUUAAUCCCUACUAUCCAACUGUAGUUCGUGGCGUUCCGGCCGUUGGACGUGGACUUGGGCAAUUUCUAGCAUUUCUUAACGGAGUAACAGGAGCACCUUUUGAUAGCAUGCAUCUUGUUGGAUUUAGUUUAGGUGCUCAUGUUGUAGGAAAUGCUGGUAGAGAACUAGGUGGAAGAAUUGCUCGUAUUACAGGCUUAGAUCCUGCUGGUCCACUAUGGAGUUCAAACCCAGAUCGUCUUUCACCUAGUCAUGCUAUAUACGUUGAAGCUAUUCAUACUGAUGGCGGAAUACUCGGCCUUGGGAUUGGAUCUGCUGUUGGUAACACAGACUUUUUCCCUAAUGGCGGUAAAUCUCAGCCUGGGUGUUUGACCAGUAUAUGUGACCAUAAUCGCGCUUGGGAACUCUUCGCAGCAACUGUUACUUACAAUCAUCUUGUGGGCACCCAAUGUCAGAAUAUGCAGGAAGUUUCUAGGAAUACUUGCACCGGAUCUCGCCUGAAUAUGGGAAAUGAUGAUUUGAAUAAGAGAGGAAAAGAAAGUUCCACUAAUGUUAAGAAAGCUGUGAAAAAUCUCAUUGCAUUUACAAAGGAGAAAAUUAAGACAAAAGUUUCAGAAAAGGACAUGGCGUCUAAGAAAAUGGCCAAUGAAGAAGAUACGAAAGAAAAUCAAUUUUAUAUAUUAUUUUCUAAUUUG